AUGGCCACCGGCGCCCUAACCCGCAUCCCCCAGGAGAUCCUCGAGCAGAUAUGUGGAGUGCUCGUCGGCCGUUCCAACGUAUUGUUGGGCCCGAAUGGCGGUGGCAUACAUUUCGGCCCACGCGCGUGCGAGACGGUCGCGGCGCUGGCGCGAACCUGUCGGCUCUUCCACGAACCUGCACUGAACGUGCUCUGGCACACGAUCCCAGACAUAGCCCUCCUCUUCUUCACCAUGCCGAGAAAGACGCAUCUGGUGCGAAAGCUCAUGCUUGACGACAAAGACGUCUUGGACGAUAAGAUAUUCAUGUUCGCGGGCACGCCGGAGGAAGUCGACCUCCAGCGGUUCUUCACGUACGCCCGCCGCGUCAAGGCCCUCGACUACCGCUGCUACCACCUCCCCAAGAAAGCGUCUCUGUCCUGCGCGCACUCGGACGUAUACGUCGCGCUCGCCGCGCUCCUGCACGGCCGCCCCUUGCUCCCCAACAUCAAGCGCAUCCACUACUUCCGCAAGCCCUCAGUGCCGUCCGACGUCUUCCGCGCCUUCGACAUCCUCUUCGCGCCGACGCUGCGCCAGCUCACCAUCCACAGCCGCGAGAACGGGUACCGGUCGUACGCGUGGAUCCGGCGCGACCCCGAGCUCGGGCCGCCCCCGAGCGAAGAGACGGCGUUCGUAGACAUGCUUGCGCGGCUCAAUGAACGGGUGCCGCGCCUAGAGAUGCUCGAGCUCAACCUCUACCCGAGCAGCGCCGCCAUGGCCGCCGGAGUGUCUGCGAACGUGUGCGCGUCGUUCCGGAACCUCAUAUCCCUCCGUUUGAACGAGAACUGCCUGCCCAUCGGCCCGGAGGGAUGGGAACAGCUCGGAUGCCUGGUUUGCUUGCGGCAUCUGGUCGUGAGCACGCCCAGGGCGUUGUGGACCGCCGCCGGGAAUCCUGUCCUGCCUGCGCGUUCGCUGUUCGUGUCCCUUGAAAGUCUGACUGUCACUGUGCCGGGUGGCACGCUCGCACUCCCUACCCAGCUCAUCCGCUGCGUGGCCUCCCCGGAGCUUGAGGAGCUGUCGAUCAGCGUCGAGGACGACGUGCCGCGGUGCGAGAUCGACGCGCUCUUCAGCACCAUCGCCGCCCUGCCGGCGCGAGACCGCAUCGCCACGCUGUAUGUCGAAGUCCGCGACGUGUUCCACACGGACGGCACGAGCACAGAGCAUGUUCCCCCGCGGCGACGCACGCGCGCGCCCGACCCUAUUGGCGCGGUGGCCCUGGAACCAUUGACAGCGUUAAGGAGUUUGGAGGACGUCAUGCUGGACAUUCACUGCCCAUUCGACUUGGACGACGCCCUUCUGGAGCGGCUGGGGGCGGCGUGGCCACAGUUGGAACGCCUCAUCAUCGGGACACACUCACCGUGGGGCAAGCUCGCCUCGGAUAUCCGCGUGGGCGAGAUGCGUGAGGUGCGCAUGGACGCAGAGAACGGCGGCAAUGGGGGCCCCGAGGGUGCACAUCACGGGGACGCGCCUGCAGUCGGUGCACUGGACGGCGAAGAUGAAGGCGACCCUGACGAGGAAGCUGACUCUGACGAUGAGGACGAGGACGUCGGCGCGAUGGACGCGUGGACCAAACCGCGCGCGACGCUCCUCGGCGUCCUCGCCUUCACGUGCCACACCCCGCGCCUCGCCGUCCUCGGGCUCGAGUUCGACGCGACCCUCUCCUUCGUCCCGCGCGCCCACCUCACGACGCGCGUCCCCCGCCGCCCGCUCGACACGCUCUUCGUCGGGCUCUCCCCGAUCGCGGACCCGUGGGUGGUCGCAGCGGUGCUCUCGGACGCGUUUCCCGAGUUCGCGGAGGUCGAGAACGGCUGGGAGGCGCUCGAGACGGAGGAGGACGACGCGCUGGGCGACAUCGACGGGCCGGAGCGCGCGGGGUGGUCGCCGGCACGGCUGUAUGGCGCGCGGUGGGAGAAGGUGUGUGAUCUUGUGCCGCGGUUUGCGAAGGUGCGUAGGGACGAGCGGAGGACGCAGGGGGAACGAGAUAGGAGGACUGGGGGCGCCGCCGAGUGUGCGGGUGUGGAUGCCUCCAUGGCUUUGGCUUGA